GAGUGCAGUGCAAAGUGUGUAGUGUCUGCCACUGUCUGGUUUCUUACGUCAGUCAGUAAGUUCUUAGUUGGAUGUGGAUGUGUCAUCGAUUGUCGAGUUAUCUUUAAUUAUUUUUGCGAGUAUCGGUUAUACGUGUACGAACUGCGAAGUACGAAGUUAUUGUGAUCGGAAUUCAGAUUUCGGAUUCUAGAGAAAUGGCCCUUCCAGAAGUCCAGCCAGUUCUAUGGCGACAAUUACGGAAAGCACUUUUCAAAGAAAUUACGAAUAAGAUUCGCCUACCAGAAAAUUAUCUCUAUGAUAUUGUGUUUGCAUACGAUGAACUGCAACAUGAGAAGAAAGAUUAUCCGAAACCUAAUAACAAUUCAUUCAUUUCCGGUGAAUUUUAUGACGAUGAGGCCAAUUUCCUUAUCAGUGCCAAAAAAAUAUCUAUCGAAGAAAUUGUAAAUGUAGUUGAUGCUGUGACGAUAACCGAAGAUGAAGCGAACAGGAUUGUGGAAAAAAUUAUGACUGAUUUGAAUUCCUGCGUAAAAGGUUGGGGUUCUACAGGAUACGAAUUUCACGUUUAUGGGUCCUAUGAAACCGGAUUGUGUAGCAUUGAUAGUGAUGUCGAUUUCUUUUAUGAGAAGAUCAAAUCUGGUUGGACCACUACAGCCAAAUACUACAUACAAACUCCAGGAUGUAUGUCCACGUGCUUAAAAACACAACCCGACUUAUUUUCUGAAGUCAAGUACAUUGGAAGUGCUCGAAUACCGAUUAUUAAAUUGAUGCAUAAAAGCACCAAAAAAAAUUGCGAUAUUUCAUUUUGCGAAAGCGGCUUAAAAAGUUCCAGGCUAACCAAGUUCUACGUGAAGCUGAACCCGAGUCUGAGAUUUUUAAUCUUGUAUUUAAAAGUUGUGUUAAAAAAAAGCGAGAUUUACGGAACUAAUGGUAUAACCUCUCAUGUCAUAUUUUGGUUGGUGGUCUUUUAUCUCCAACAGAAGAAUUUACUACCGUCUGUGAAAAGUGUUCGUAAAAAAUAUUCCGAUUGCAAAAAGAACGAUUUAUUUGAAAACUGGAAUUGUUCUUUGAACGAAAAAAUCGAUUAUUCUUCGUACUCGUACAACUUCGGAUGGAAUUGUUUAUCGACGUUGUUGUUCGGUUUUGCGAAAUUUUAUCGAAAUUUUGACUUUACUAAAAAUGUAAUUUCGCCUUAUCUUGCUUGCGUGAUACCGAUAGAUGAAUUCGAUAAAUGGAAAAUUCCAGGUGAAAUUUUCCCCUCUGAAUUACUACGGAACAAUAACGAUGGGAAAAAUACGUUUUAUCGGCACGUGAUAAAUAUUCAAGAGCCUACAAUUUUAAGCUCGAAUUUAGCAAAGAACGUAAACUGUGAAGUUUUGAAUUCAUUUGUGGCUUUAUGUCACAAGUUAUUAUUAAAUGAUAAAUUCUUGUCACCAAAAUAUUUGAUGAAUUUGAAAAGGUUACCUUGUAGAGAUCAUGCAAAUGCCACGAGACUACCUCGAGAUUUAAAGAGAUUCGCAUCAAUCACAUUAAGUCUAAAAUAUGUAACUUCUAAUAAUGUAAAAACAAACCCUAAGAUAUUUACGGUACUGCUAAGUCGACUUAUACACAGGGUAAUGGACGGAGCUCUAAAUUUCCAGUUACAGACCAUAACUGUAGAAGAGGUUAUCCAAGUUGAAGUCAAUCAGCAAGGAUGUUAUGAAAAUGCUGUUACAGUACCGGUGAUCUACAUGAAAUACCUGUCGACUGAAAAAACCUGGAAUAAUGUUGAUGUCUGUAAAGCGUUGUCAUAUCAAAACCCACCAGCUGAACUAUCAGAUAAAUUGAUUGAAGCAUAUUUCAUUUGUGAAUUUUACCGGCUGAAGCGAAGAGCAAGAAUUUUGAUACAAACUACAAACAAGAAUUUGUCGACGUUUUUGCAAAAAUAUGGAACACAAAUAUUUAGGGCUUAAAUAUCUUAUUUAAUGCCUAUGAUUUAAUUAGAUACCUAUUGGCUAUUCAUUGUACCUAUACUUAUUCCAUUUUUACUUACCUAUUAAAGAACAUUAUCGAUAA